UGUUACCUGGCUUUUGUAAUGUAGUUAUUUUAGAAACAUUGUGUCGAUUCCUCGAGGGAAAUGUUUUCCCAAAGUUAUUAGCCUACAGGGUCGAAAGCAGGCGAUAGAUCUUGAUGACACAUCACCCAAGCUUUGUGAGUGAGGAGGGGGCAAUGACUUGCUGAUGUACUGCUAGGCCAAGUAGGCUUCUGGCCAAAAGCUGCAGAAUUCGUUAUGGCAAAUGGGGGUAAUUUUACAACAUUGAUCAAGUUCUUGGCGACACUACCGCAGUUACUCCAGAGUCACGGGUUAUUUUUGGCAUGCAAAUUAAAUGUAUCCGGGUCGGUUUGGAAUUGAACUUGGUCAUGUUUCCUCUGUUGCAUGUCUGGCUCUUGUUUCCUGCUUUUAUUAAGGAUUUAUUCAGUUUGCGGUACAGAGUAGCCUAUCUCUAUACAUUAAGUAAAAACACCUCCCUCAGUCUGAACACAAACCCAGUAACUCCCUCUUGACUCGCUCUAGCAAAGUCUCGACUUAAAAUCAAAAACCUAUUGCUUUCAGUUCCAUGCAACUAGGUCACCUACCUAGUAUUAUGGGGAACUAUGCUUGGCAGUUCUGGACAAGACUUAAUAAUGGCUUGCUCGAGAGAUCAGCACAGAGGUUCUCUCUGUUCAUUGUGAACUUCUUGCUGAUAUUAUUUUGGGUUUCCCACAGGGGAAAAUGCACUUAAUUAUAGACACACACAAGCCUAGUGAUGACUGGGGUUUUUGCCUGAAGGAUCUUGCGAUGCCCUACCAACAGGUUAUAUCGGUCAAUAUCGUUGUCUGUUAAUCUUGUCAAACAACCCACAGGCCUCUGACAUCUUGGACAGGCCUAUUUGCGUUAUUCUUCUCCAUGCCAUCCCCUGACAACUACCGUGGCUAUUGCCAGACUGUAUCACAAGUGAGAUACUAUUCGAAUUAUUUUGUAGCCUUUUCAUUUUCUUGUAGGGGAGGUUGUAGGGGCUGCUUAAAGUACUAUCACAGAUUCUGUAAGACUAUACGGGCUGUGGUACUAUCCAAAGCUUGAUGGGAAGCUAGUUUCACAUCUAGUGAAUCUGUAAACGAGUUUUCAUUGCAACUCUCUCUCUUCUGUGUUUGAGUAGUGGUUUCAAUGCCAUCCUUCAGAUUGGAACGAGUGCAAACGAUUUUCUGCAAAUCUUGUCAGGCAGGUGCAGGCAGAUCUCUUGCAAAUAUGCGAUUUGAACAGCUUUGUUUGGCUUUCAUGCCAAGAUGUAAUUAGUGUGCAUUGCAGUCCGAGUUGGGAAGUUAAUAUCCUUGUUGCUUUGGCUGAAGGCUUUGUUUGCCAGUUUCAAUUAACAAAAAAGUAGCCAGGUCUUUCUCUGUUUUUCCAACUUCCAGCUGAGUUGCACUGACGUGAAAUAAAAUGUGGAGUGUGUGCACUUGAUUGAGUUGUGAUGUCAUGUCAAGCAUGGAAAUCUGAUGUUGAAAGUUUAGACCAGGCACUAGCUUUACAGGUUGUGUUUGUGCACUGUUUUUUGUGUCAUAUUGCAAUCUAUAUUGCAGUGUUCGUGUUCGUGUGCGUGUGCGCGUGCGCGUGUGUCUGUGCGUGCUUGUUUCACAGUAAACCGCUAGGCUACCCACUGGUCUCUGCACUGCUGUGGUCGGCAGGCAGCAUGGAUCCACUGGGAGCACGGUCCCAGUUUGUGGACGUCCACAGCCUGCCCACCUGGGAACAGUCCAAACAGCAACAAGACGGGGAGGAGCCGGACGCAGACCCGCUGCAAGACGACAGCCUGACCAAUCAGAAUUGGGCAUUUCCCUCGCCGUUCCCUCAUCGGGAUGACAUCAACAGAAAGAUAUUGCUCUUUACUGGGGACGUAUCGCUGCUGAACUGUACAGCUAUAGUCAACACUACCAACGAGACACUAACGGACAAGAACCCCAUCUCAGACAGCAUCCACAUACACGCCGGGCCAGACCUGAGGGACGAGCUGAUGAAACUCAAAGGAUGUCGGACGGGUGAGGUGAAGAUGACGGAGGGCUUUAACCUGGCGGCGCGCUUCAUCAUCCACACGGUGGGGCCCAAGUUCAAGGCCAAGUACCGCACGGCCGCCGAGAGCUCCCUGUACAGCUGCUACAGAAACAUCCUGCAGCUCGCCAAAGAGCAGGCCAUGGUGUCAGUGGGGCUGUGUGUAGUCAGCACCAUGAAGAGAGCCUACCCCCUAGAGGAUGCCACGCACAUAGCACUCAGGACAGUACGAAGGUUUUUGGAAAAUCACGGCCAAAGCAUCGAGAUGGUGGUGUUUGCUGUCUCAGAAGCUGAGGAGCCUACGUACAGGAAGCUGCUGCCCCUGUACUACCCGCGGUCCCUGACUGAGGAGCGCUCCAGCCUCCCCCUGCUCCCCGCCGACAUCGGCAACUCCGAGGGGGAGCCGGUGGUCCCCGAGAGGCAGAUACGUAUCGCAGAGAAGCCAGGCAGCCUGGAGGAUGAUGCGGAGGAUGACAGCCUGGAGCUGGACCUGGGCCUGGUGGGCACGCACGCCUUUGCCCGUAUGGAGGGGGACGUGGACAAACAGCGCAAACUCAUCCUGCAGGGACAGAUGUCCGAGGCCGCCGUGCAGAAGCAGCACCAGAGAAAUUAUAAUCGCUGGUUAUGCCGAGCGCGAGCAGAGGACUUGUCAGAUAUUGCUGCACUUAAAGCCUUAUACCAGACAGGCAUAGAUAUGUGCGGCAGGACUGUGAUGGUGAUGGUGGGGAGGAACAUCCCAGUCACGCUUAUCGACAUGGAGAAGGCGCUGCUGUAUUUCAUCCAUGUGAUGGACCACAUCACGGUGAAGGAGUAUGUGAUGGUGUACUUCCACACCCUGACGGCCGAGCACAACCACCUGGACUCCGACUUCCUCAAGAAGGUCUACGACAUCGUGGACACCAAGUUCAAGAAGAACCUGAAGGCCUUCUACUUUGUCCAUCCUACCUUCCGCUCCAAGGUCUCCACCUGGUUCUUCACGACCUUCAGUGUGUCCGGCAUGAAGGAUAAGGUGCACCACGUAGACACUCUGCAGCAGCUCUUCACCUGCAUACUGCCAGAGCAGAUAGACAUCCCGCCAUUCGUACUGGAGUAUGACAACAGGGUUAACGGACCUUACCUCCCCAUCCCCCAUCCGUCUGGACUGUAAUAGGUCUUGACCCACCACCACUAACACCACCACCUCCUCCUCCAUCACCUCCCUCUCUUCCUUCCCCACCGGCUACAAUGGAGGCCUGUCUGCCAAGAGCCAAGUGUGGAGACCAUGGUGGAGAUGAUGCUCUUGACCCACACCUCCUCUUCCACCUCCUCCACCCCCUCCUCCACCUUGAUGAAGAUCUGUCUCAAGAAAACUCAACCGGGAGACCAUGGUGGUGGGAGACAACGGAUCUUGACUCACCCCAUCCCCGCCCCAUCCCCUUGUCCGCAUCCUCCUCUCCCACCACCUCCACCAUGAUGGAGGUCUAUUUGAAGAGAACACAACUGGAAGACCACCUCCAUCUUCUUCACCUGCCAUCUGCCAUCAGCGGUCAUUGAGAUCUGUCUGUUGGCAUCCCGGCUGAGAGCUCAUGGUGAUGGGCAUGAUGGUGGCAUGGCCAGCCAGGAUGUUCUGUGCCACACCUCAGCCAGCCAGGCCUCAUCACCUGGCCUUAUGAAGGACCUCAUAUUUGCCCCUCAGCUGACCAGGUCACAAACAAACACGCUGUGGCCUGACACUGUUUGAUGGUCUAGUUUCUUACUGAGUUGUUGUAGUAAACUGAAACCCCACAAGGGUGUGUGCGUGUGUAUGUGUGUGCGCAUGUGUGUGCGCGCAUGUGUGUGUGUGUGUGUGCGUAUGUGUCAUGACGGCGAUGGUUAGAACAGCUGGGGUUUGGGGGUCAUGGCUGUGGACUGCUGGUGUUCAUGGGUAGUGAACAACACUGCUGGACUAUAUUAACCCUGGGAGCUGAUCUGAAUGAGGAUACUCCACUUCAACACUUCCUGGUCUGUGUGUGACUGGGACAGGAAGUCAUGUGACUGAAGCAGAUGGGGACCAGAGAGGAGUGGUCCCCUGAAAUGGCUGACUGGUUGACUGACUGACUGACUGACUUUUGAACAUUCAGUGGGCAGUUAACAUGAUCUGCCCAUGUGAUAUGAAUGCAUGGCAUUUUUCAAAUGACACGUUUUGGUUUUUGUUUUGUUUUGGCUUUCAGUCUCUAAGACCUUGUUUUUGCGGUUUCCUUGUUUUUGCUUUUCGUUUUCUUUUUCUUUUCCACAACCACACCCACCACUCAGAGCGCACCUGAUGUCAAUUCGAUUCACGUCUUUCAUUCUUCAUUUUUCAAAUGGAACUUCCUCUACACUACUUGGGCAUGGUCUACAUUAAGUUACAGUACGUAAAAUUAACAUCAUGCUUUAUUCAUUCAGUUACUCUGAGGACUUCUGAAANAAAACCUGAAAAUCAAGUAGUACAGUCAAUUGCAGUCAGUCUGGUUAGGCUCCAUUAUUCUGUUAUAUGCAUCUCUUGAUUUCCUGGUCACAUUUUCGUCUGCUUAAGGAUACUUUUAAUAACAUUAAUGAAUGAAUUCAUCACAAAUAAAAAAAUGUAUUUGUGAAGUAUUCCUUCAAAUACCAAUGUAUUUUUGGACAGCAAGUUACUUUUUAGUGCAUGCAAACACUGAUGCUUUUUGUUUGUUUUAGUUUUUUGUAUUCAUUCAAAGACAGAAUUUCAUUUGUAGUUAUGGCAUGUGCUUUGAACACUGUAAGUGUCGUAUCAAAUCAGUUAAAACUUGAAUGUAAGAUAUUUUUUAAUCAGAUGCAUUUUUGCAAUACUCUCUGCGGCCUUAUGGUGUCUUUUUUUAAGUUUUGAAUGCCAUUGAAUGAUUUUAGAAAUCUGCAUUGAUUUCUUGAAUCCAUGUUGUUUUUUUCUGUUCUUUUAGCCAUCUCUGUUUUUAAAAUCUCAAUCAUCAGGUUACUUAAUCUGAAUCGUAAUGGUACAUCUAAACAAAGUUGCUUUUUCUUCAGAUUUUUUGUUUUGUUUUGUUUUUAUUCUGUAAUGUGUUUAGGUCUUGGACAGCUUUCAAUAUCCAAAGGUUACUGUUUCUUAUCUCAGUCAUAUGACCUUUAUCAGUGAUCACAGUGGCAGGUGAUGAAUCCAAAUCAUUCAGCUAUCAUUUCAUGAAUACAGUGAUGUGUCCCAAACAAUUACUUUGUUCACUACACUGCAGAGGUUGCAUUGAUUUGUUACAUAGAUAGUGAUCAAGAAUGAUGAGUGAACACUUUUGGAUUCAGGUGAAGUCUUAAAUUGAGGCAUACAGAAACACCUGCAACAUGCAUCACAUAAAUUGUGUAGUAAAUGCUAUGGUACCUUUCACCUUAGGCCUGUAGCUGGUGUAAGGUUGCAUAAGGAGAUUUUUUUUUUUGUCUAUUUGUUUGUUUUUUUCCUCAUUGUCUUAGUCUACAUUCCGUGCCAGCCAGAUGAACCAGUGGAGACGUUGAAAGGACCAGGGAGCCGUAAUUAUUUAAAUAAAAUGUUUCAAAAUCU